AUGUUUGAUGGUCUUAUAAGUGCACAAUAUUUAUUGGUGGAUUAUUUCACGUUAUGUUGUGCUCAACCUAAGGCUAAAAGCAAGAUUCAGUGUUUGGCUCCAGUCAACGAAAUUUCCUCUUGUGACUAUUUGAUUGACACGCCAUUUCUUGGUAUUGUUAUUUGGUACAUAGCCCUUGUAGCGGUGCUUGGAAACUUCUGUGGGAUGCUGUAUAGAUAUAUCAUGAUAAAGAGAAAGUCAAUGUCAUCAUUUGCACUAUAUUCCAUAAAUUUGGGCGUCGCAGACUUUCUGAUGGGUGUGUAUCUUUACAUCAUAGCAGGAGCUAAUCUAACCUUUAGUGGGCGAUACGGGUUUGCAGAUGAGUGGUGGAGACAUAGUCCAAUUUGUACGUUAGCUGGUGUAAUGGCCAUUCUUUCUAGUGAAACAUCUGCUCUGUUUGUACUUUUGAUAACCAUUGAUAGAAUUCACAUGAUAAGAUCCCCUUUCUCUACAUUGAAGGAAAAUGGCAGAAAUCCCCAAUUUCUUUCUGGCGUAAUGUGGACCAUUGCUCUCUUGUUAUCAGUGUUGCCUUUACUUGGAGAUGACUAUUUUCAUGACUACUAUUCUGGUUCCGGAGUAUGUAUUUCUUUACCUCUCUCAAUACAGCGCAAGUCUGGUUGGGAGUAUUCUAUGAUAGUAUUUGUUGGGGCCAACUUCCUAAUCUUCAUAGCAAUAUUGAUAGGUCAAGUAGUGAUAUUUACCAAUGUUGUAAAUGCUGGGAAAAAACUGGAAGGUCAGUCUACACGAAAUCGAAAUGAAACGUCUUUGGCUAAAAUUCUGAUUGCAGUUGCUGUAACGGAUCUGUUAUGUUGGAUACCAAUAGGUACCAUUGGUAUGUACAUGUAGUAUAAUAACUGUAAAAAAAAACAAAAAAAAAAAAAAAAAAACUAUAAUACCAAAAA